AUGGGCUCCGUGGGCAGCCAGCGUCUCAAGGAGCCCGGUGUGGCGGGCACGCCGAACAGGAGCGUGGUGACGACAAGCUUCGGCUUCGACAGCUGCCUGCUGGAGGAGGCGGCGGCUGCAGGGGCGGCGCAUGGCCAGGGCGGCAGGGCCAGGGGCGCCCCGAUCCUCACGGACGCUGCCGCCGAGGGGCCGGUGCCCGAUGACCGCUACCACGCCAUCUACUUCGCAAUGCUGCUGGCUGGCGUGGGCUUCCUGCUGCCAUACAACAGCUUCAUCACCGACGUGGACUACCUGCAUCACAAGUUCCCAGGGACCUCGAUUGUGUUCGACAUGAGCCUCACCUACAUCUUAGUGGCGCUGGUGGCUGUGCUCCUGAACAACGUGCUGGUGGAGAGGUUGAGCCUGCACACCAGGAUCACCGCAGGCUACCUCUUGGCCUUGGGCCCCCUCCUCUUCAUCAGCAUCUGUGAUGUGUGGCUGCAGCUCUUCUCACGGGACCAGGCAUACGCUAUCAACCUGGCCGCUGUGGGCACUGUGGCCUUCGGCUGCACAGUGCAGCAAUCCAGCUUCUAUGGGUACACGGGGAUGCUGCCCAAGAGGUACACCCAGGGCGUCAUGACCGGGGAGAGCACGGCAGGCGUGAUGGUCUCCCUGAGCCGCAUCCUGACCAAGCUGCUGCUGCCGGACGAGCGGGCCAGCACGCUCAUCUUCUUCCUGGUCUCCGCCGGCCUGGAGCUGCUCUGCUUCCUGCUGCACCUGCUGGUGCGCCGCAGCCGCUUCGUGCUCCACCACACCGUGCGGCCGCGCGACAGUCGCCCGGGCCGCAGGACCGGCUACCGCGUGCACCAUGACGUGGCUGCCGAGGACGUCCACUUCGAGAACCAGGGCCCAGCCCUGGCCAACAGCGUGUCCCCGAAGGAGAGCCCGGCCCACGAGGUGGUCGUCAGCAGCAGGGGGGCCUACACGCGCUUCGACGUGCCUCAGCCGAGAGUCGAGCGGAGCUGGCCCUCCUUCAGAGCCCUGCUGCUGCACCGGUACGUGGUGGCCCGCGUCAUCUGGGCCGACAUGCUGUCCAUCGCCGUGACCUACUUGAUCACCCUGUGCCUGUUCCCGGGUCUCGAGUCCGAGAUCCGACACUGCGUCCUGGGCGAGUGGCUGCCCAUCCUCAUCAUGGCCGUGUUCAACCUCUCCGACUUCGUGGGCAAGAUCCUGGCGGCCCUGCCCGUGGCCUGGCGGGGUCCCCACCUGCUGGCCUGCUCCUGCCUCCGCGUGGUCUUCAUCCCCCUCUUCAUCCUCUGCGUCUACCCCAGCGGCACGCCCACCCUGCGCCACCCUGCCUGGCCCUGCGUCUUCUCCCUGCUCAUGGGCAUUAGCAACGGCUACUUCGGCAGCGUGCCCAUGAUCCUGGCCGCCGGCAAAGUGGGCCCCAGGCAGCGGGAGCUGGCAGGGAACACCAUGACCGUGUCCUACAUGACAGGGCUGACACUGGGCUCCGCCGUGGCCUACUGCACCUACAGCCUCACGCGCGACGCCCACCGGAGCUGCUUCCAGACCUCCGCCACCAACGCCUCCUUCCCCGCUGGCCUCUGAGCUGGCCGGGAGCGACGCCGCCCUCGCCGGGGCCCCGAGGCCUGGGGCCCCUCCCCGCCCCGCCUGCCGUGCCUGCGGGCCCUGGCCUCCUCCCGUGCCAAUAUCGCCACCCUCUCUGGGUCCAGUUGCCCGUUGCUGCAGCCCCAGGGUCCUGCCAGUUCUCGGGGCCUCGGACGCGU